AUGCCCAGUUAUUGUCGCUGCUUUGUUUUUCAAUUUUUGCUGUAUAUGUUACUAAUUAAUAUUGUUAAAAAUAAUAUAAUUACAGCCUUUUCACACAGGCAUCAAACAAUAAGAGAAAGAAAAAACGCCUUUUCAAACACCCCCAUAAAUUAUAUAUAUUAUUUAGGAGGAAAUAAAAUUAUGACAAAAAUGGUAAAAGAAAAUAAAGGCAGUACAAAAAAUGAAAAAAAAAAUUCAAUAAAUAAUACCCAAGAUAUCAGAAAUUUUAUGAAUCUCAAAAAGGAGGAAAAAGAUGAAGAAUGUGACGAAAAAAUAAAACAAGAUAAUAAUAAAGAAAAUAUAAAAAACGAAACAAUUGUUCAGAAAAAAAAAAUCGAUAAAAAUAAUAAGACAAAGCAAAAAAUAAAAACUAAAUCAGAAACGAAUAAAAAUGUUAAUAUAACAUAUCCUAGUAUACCAAAAAGUAUUGAAAAGAGAUGGGAAGAUUAUAAAAAAAUUAUAGAAUAUGCAAAAACUACAAAUGUUUAUUUGGGAGCACAUAUAUCUGCUUCCGGGGGAGUACAAAAUGCCCCAAUAAAUUCAUUUAAUGUAUCAGGAAUGGCAUUUGCAUUAUUUUUAAAAAAUCAAAGAAAAUGGGAUAGUCCACCAUUAACUGAAGAAAAUAUAAAACAAUUUAAUGAAAAUUGUAAAAAAUAUAAUUUUGAUAAAAAUUUAAUUUUACCACAUGGAUCAUAUCUUAUAAAUUUAGCAAAUCCUGAUAAAGAAAAAAGAGAAAAAUCUUACUUAUCAUUUGUAGAUGAUAUAAAAAGAUGUGAACAAUUAAAUAUUAAAUUAUAUAAUUUUCAUCCAGGCUCAACUGUUGGAAUGUGUUCAACAGAACAAGGAAUAAAAAAUAUUUCUGAUUGUAUAAAUAGAGCCCAUAAAGAAACAUCAAAUGUUAUCAUAGUUUUAGAAAAUUCGGCAGGUCAAAAAAAUUCAAUAGGUUCAAAAUUUGAACAUUUACGUGAUAUAAUAUCUCAAAUUAAUGAUAAAGAAAGGAUAGGUGUUUGUUUAGAUACAUGUCAUACAUUUGCAGCAGGUUAUGAUAUAAAAUCAUAUGAAAAAUUUGAACAAGUUAUGAAUCAUUUUCAUAAUAUUGUAGAUUCUAAAUAUUUAAAAGCUGUACAUUUAAAUGAUUCAAAAUCGGAUUUAGGAAGUGGGUUAGAUAGACAUGAAAAUAUUGGAAAAGGAAAGUUAACAUUAGAUACAUUUAAAUAUAUUAUGACAUCAAAAUAUUUCAAAAACAUUCCAAUUGUUUUAGAAACACCUGAUAUAACAAAUGAUGAAUCUGUAUACAAGUAUGAAAUUGAAUAUUUGUACAAGAUGUGUGCAAAGGAACAGUGA